UAGUAAUCUUCUGUUGACCGAUUUUAGGGUUUUCGAGAAGCUUAGUUUUUUUUGUCUUUUCAGUUUGACGAUGGAUAUGUACGUUUUUUUAAGGUUUCACCAUGGUGGAAAACUUCAAUAAAAACCACGUAUUAAGUAUGAAGGAGUAUGAUCACUGAUUGUUCAGACGUAGAUGUUGAUAAAUUAUCCUACUUCGAAUUUGUUGAUAUUGUUAAAGAAAUUGGGUAUAACUGUGCUGCUAGUGUUGUUUAUAUUAAACCACCUAAAAGUCGACAUGUUGAAGUUAAAAGUGAUAGGGAUAUUAUGGGUAUUGCACCUAAAUUAACAAAUGAAGAUAUUGUUGAACUUUAUGUGACUCAUUUAGUUGAAGAAGAUGUUGUGGCCCCACCAGCAAUUGAAUAUCUAAAUGAUGUGGGUGGGGUGGAUGACGUAGGUGGGAAAUCUAAUGCUACUUUUAAUAAGGAAUCUAGUCAGACUUUUCAGGAUAAUGAAGGACUGGGAUUUGAAGAACCUGCACAACCUAUUGUGGGUGAAGAGUUGAGUGAAGUGUUUGGUAGGAAUUCUACUUGUGCUGGAGAGGAAUUGUGUAGGGCUUCUGCUAGUGCUGGAGAGGAAUUGGGUAGAACUUCUACUAGUGCUGGAGAGGAAUUGGGUAGGGUUUCUGUUAGUGGCGGAGAAGACUUGGGUGGUGUACUUCUUUUGUUGCUGCUGUAUCGAUAUUUCAGAAGUUGAGUCUGAUUGGAAAAGUGAAACAGAAGAAAGUGAUGAUUCAGACAAUGCAGAUUUGCUUGAUGAAGGAGAAGAUGAGUAUGGUAGUGAUGUUCAUGAGUAAGUUAUAAAUCUUAGGAAAGAAAAAAAGGGUUGCUAAAAUAAAAAAGAGAAAAGAAAAAGGCUUUAGAAGAUCUGAAGGAGUUGAUUUAGGAAAAAAAGGAGUUGAUUUGGAAUAUGAUGAAUAUCUAUCCAAAAAACAAACUACUUUAGAGGGUAAGAUAGCUGAAGAUGAUCCCUACUUUGAUUCAGAUGAAGAUGUUAGUUUUGAAAUAGAUAUUGAUGAUGAUGUUAAUGAGGAAGAUGAGGUUGAACUGCCUAUAAGAAGACAAAGAAAAGCAAGAAGAGCAAAAAGAAAUAAAAAGAAAAUUGUAUUUGAUCCUACCUAUCACUUAAUAGUUUGGGAGACUGGUCUUGCUUUUGAAAGUGUUAAGCAAUUUAGAGAAGCUAUUACUAGAUAUGCAGUUCAAGAAAAUUUUGAAUUAGAUAAAUAUGUUAAUGAUGAAACUAGGGUGAAGAUAAAGUGUACAACUGGUUGUCCAUGGUUGUUGUUUGGAAGUAUUGAUGCAAGAUCAAGAGAUUUUGUGGUGAAGAAUUACAAUCCAGCACAUAAAUGCAACGCCACAAGCAGAAAUAAAUUGGUGCAUUCAAAGUACUUAGCAGAAAGGUACAAGGACAAAAUUAUUUCUGAGCCUAGUAUUAGUGUUUUUCAGUUUCAAAUUUUAGUGAAGAAAGAAUUGAAUGUGUAUGUGGGGAGGAUUUUAGCAAGGAAAGCAAAAAACUAUGUGUUGCAACAAAUUAUGGGUGAUCAUGUGUUUAAUAAAAUUUUAGAUUAUAGAGAUAAGCUUUUAAGGACUAAUCCAGGCAGCACAUGUGUGGUGAGAUUAGUGAAGAAACUUUUAAAGGUGGCACAAAAAUGUUUCAGUCAUUUUACAUAUAUUUUGAUGCUUUAAAGAAAGCAUUCAAAGCUGGAGCUAGGAGAUUAUAGGAUUUGAUGAUUGCUUGAAAGGUGUUUCUAGAGGUCAAUUACUUGUGGCUGUUUGUAAGGAUGGGAAUAACCAAAUGCUACCACUAGCAUGACAGUUGUUGAGGUGGAAAACACAUUUACUUGGAAAUGGUUUAUCAAGAUUGUAAAACAUGAUCUUGAGCUAGGAGAUGGUACAGAAUUGACAACCAUUACUGAUAUGUCGAAGGUUUUUUUUAAUUUCCUUCUCAUUUAUUCAUUUAUUUUCUUUUCCAUUUAUUUGUCCAUUUUCUUUUUCAUUUAUUUUCUCAUGAUAUUCUAAAUGUUGUUAAACGGUCUUGACAAAGCUAUUCAGGAACUUCUGUCAAAUGCAGAACAAAGAAUGUGUGCAAGACAUGUUCUAGCCAACUGGUCUAUCAUUUGGAAAGGCAUUGAAAGAAGAAAUUAUUUUGGAGAUGUGCCAAAUCUACAUAUGAAAAAGAAUUGAAAAGAAAUUUGGAUCAUAUGGAGAAGUUAGGUACUGGAAUAAUUGAUAACUUAUUAUACUACAAUAUAGAAAGGUGGUCUAAAUUAUACUUUUAAGUUUUUUAGCUGUUAUGAUAGUGUUGACAACAACAUGGUUGAAAGCUUUGAUUCAUGGAUUUUGGGGGCAAGACACAAAACUAUCAUCAUAAUGCUUGAAGAAAUAAGGGUCAAAGUGAUGAGAAGAAUAGAACAAUUGAGGGAGUUUAUUGAUACUUGAAUAACAGACAUAUCUCCAAUGGCCUUAAAGGUAUUAACAGAGAACACAACAAAUUCGAUGCAAUGUAACCUUGAAUGGAAUAGUGAAUAUGGUUUUUGAGGUUAAAGACAGCUGGGAUAACACAUUUGUUGUGAAUCUAGGCACACAAAUAUGUACUUGUAGAUCUUGGAUGCUAAGAGGAAUACCUUGUUGUCAUGCUAUAGCUGCACUUCAUUUUAGAAGAUCGGAGCCCAUUAACUAUGUUGCACAUUGGUAUAGCAAGGAGACUUAUUUCAAGGUUUAUAGUCAUUACAUUCAACCAGUUACUAAACUGGAAAUGUGGCCACAAUUGACCAACCCUUCUGUAUUACCACCUGUUAUCAAAACACAACCAGGAGGGCCAAGAAAAUGUAGUAGAAAGGAGCAGAAUGAAAAUAAAAUAGAAAAAUUGUCCAAGAGAGGUGUUGAGAUGAUCUGCACUCUCUGUCACACAAAGGUUCAUAAUAAGAAGAGUUGUCAUUUGAAUAAUCAAUCUAUUGCAUGCAGAGGAAAAAGAAAUGGGAAAAGAACAAAUACUAGUUCAACUAGGUCAAGUGUUGGAUAUUCUACAGCAUCAACUGAAUCACAAUCAAGCACAAAGAGAGGAAGAGGUCGACCAAGAGGUUCUACAAAACAGGCUAGUGCGAAGAGAAAGAGGUACUGAAACUGGUUUAGCUGGAACUGGAAGGGGAAGAGGAACUACAACUGCGUCUGUUAAUGAAACAGGGAUUGAUGGCGCUGUUAAUGGUUUUGGUCCUACUGGAAGGGGUAGAGGAACUGGAACUGGUAUUGCUGGAAGGGGAAGAGGAACUGCAACUAGUGUAGCUCGAAGGGGAAGAGGAAGAGGAACUGGUGUAGCUGCUACUGCUAUAGAUGUUCCUAGUGCUACUGGAGGAGUGAAGAGGCAAAAAAUGGUUGGAAUGGGGAUUCUACAUACACAAAAUGAUUUUACAAUCCACAAUCCUAGAAUGUCUAUGAACACUUCAAUAGUGACUGGAAAUCUUGGGCAUCAUAAACCUAGAUCAGGCUUAAAAUGGAAAGAAAAGGAUGUUGUAACUCAAUAAGGUCUUCAAGAGAUGAGAGAAAACAAAAAAAGGAGAACAAGGUCUAAUGCAGAUGAUGUUUGAUAUGGAGACUGCUUUAGUUUGAUAUUUGAGCUGAUUUUGACACAAUUAUGCAGUUGUGACUGCUUUAGAUUUAUAUUUUUCUAUUUUUAGAACAAUUAUGCAGUUGUGAUUGCAUUAGUUUGUUUAAUGUUUGUUUUUGAAACAAUUAUGUAGCA